AUGGAUCAUUUGAAGAGAUUAUCGAAAAUCGUAAAUGGCGAUAAUUCGAUAGCACCUUUCACGCUGACUUCAUUCAUUGAGCAGAGAUAUUUGGGUGUUUUGUUACGUUUCCGUCCGACGUUCAGCGAUGAUCGCUUCUAUUCGAAACGUAGCACAAUAGCGUUGAGUCUUUGUCAUAUGAUGCAAAUUAUUCACGAUGAAGGAACGAAUUUCUUAGAUACGACAGCGACAAAGAUGUUAGCCGUUUUACGAGUGCUCACACCAUUGGGACACCUAUCAAUUGCACCGUGGCGAACGUUUAUCGAAACCCUGUCUGAUGAGACUUUAUUAGCUCUGCUGCCGCAGAUUCUCGUUUCCGUAGCGCCUCUGUUGAAAUUCACUGAAGCUCGUGCAAUAUUGGUUUUUAUAUUCACAACGAAACGACUUCAGCUGUCG